AUGGAUUUGUUGAAGAGGGCGCACAUUCAGGAACAUACUAAUACCUCGAGGGAGGUUUAUCAUUGGGGAUAUGUUCCUCAAAUCUUACCAUGUACCAAAGACGCCGGAUCAUGCGAAUACCUCCGCGCUGUUUACUGGAUGCAUGAUACUUCCAUGCUCUAUUCGUUCAUAUUAUGGGCAGUCAUAGGUGGAAUCUUACUUGUCAUCGUCACACUUCGAACACUCAAACCAAAACCAACUCGGAAUUUCUACGCGCCAAUUACCGAAAAGAAUGAGACACAAUCACCGGCAAAUGCCUAUACUCGAGGAUGGGGGGCUAUCCAGGCGUCGUUAAGAAAAUGGCUACUCCCAGAAAGCUUUGUAGGAUUCUUUGGUCAUGUUAGUCGAGUGCAACUUGUGGUGUUGGCCAUUUUGUUGGCAUAUCUAUUGGCAUUCUCAUUGGUAGGAAUCGUAUACAAAACCUGGAUCACCCCCAUUAAAGGCUCAACAUUGACAAACAAACGGACUGGAGUUGGAGGAUUCUCUGACAGAGUAGGCGUCCUAGCAUACGCUCUCACACCUCUCACCGUCGCUCUCUCAACCCGAGAAUCAAUCUUGACACUCAUAACCGGAAUCCCUUAUCAAUCCCUCAACUUCCUCCACCGCUGGACCGGCCGAAUCAUCUACAUCCAGGCCGUCCUGCACACCUUCGGCUGGACCCUAAUCGAAGGCCUCUACUACCAACCCCAACCAAAAGUCUACCGCGACUUCAUCAAACAGAAAUACAUGGUCUGGGGUUGUAUCGCCAUGGGCCUUCUCAGCCUCCUCUUCUUCCUGAGCUUCCAACGCGUCAUCAAAAUCACCGGCCACGAAUUCUUCCGCAAAUCCCAUUACAUCCUCGCCAUGCUAUACAUCGGCGCCUGCUGGGGCCACUGGGCGCAACUAGCAUGCUGGAUGAUUGCCUCCCUCGGAAUCUGGGGCCUCGAUCGAGGAGUUCGAUUCCUUCGCACUCUUCUCAUCCACGUAGGCUACGUCAAGGGAACCGCGGAUUUCGGCUUCCACAACGCUCAAUCCUCUGUAGAAUACUUCGACGAUGUAGACGGUGGUGUCGUACGGCUAGAAUUCACGCACAACCACGAAGCAUGGCACGUAGGUCAACACUUCUUCCUCACCUUCCCGGCCCUCACAAUCUGGCAAUCCCACCCCUUGACCGUGGCUUCGGUUCCAGCACCGCAUCCUGCUCUUCCUCAGCACACCUACAUAGUCCGCUGUCGCGCAGGAGAAACCCGCCGUCUCAAAUCCCUCGCCCUAGGCCAACUCACCACCCUCCCCUCCUCAGGCUCAACACCGAUACCUUCCACCACCACCCCCGUAAUCCUCACCGGCCCCUACGGCACCCCCCUCCUCCCAUCCCACCCCAACACCGGCAUCGAGCCCUCAAACCUCCUCGCCAUCGCAGGCGGCACCGGUAUCUCCCUCACCCUCCCACUCGUGCUAGCCGCCACCGCUUCAAAAGCAUUCACCUCCGUCCCCGUCGAUUUCAUCUGGAUCGUUCGUCGCGCUGCGAAUCUAGCCUGGAUAGCCGCCGAACUCUCCGAGCUCAAGAAACGCGCGAAAGACGAGAACGUAGAUCUACGCAUCCACGUCUACAUCACGCAAGAAUCCUCAUCUUCCUCCUCCGCCCCCGCGUCUCUCAAAAACGUGCCCAUCAAAACGGAGGAAGAUAUCACUCCCGUCGCGAAAUCAUGCUGUUCUUCCUCCUCGAUCGCGACGAGCUACACAGAGACGUAUAUGGAGUCCGUCCAUCCGUCGCUUGACAGUAUCGUGCGUUCGUUCUUGGAGGGUAGGGCGAGGAGGGAGUUGAGGACGAGGGUUGUGGCGUCGGGACCGGCGGGCAUGGGGAGGGAUUUGAGGGGGGCGGUUGCGGGGGUUAAUGAUGCGGGGAGGGUUUGGAGGGGGGAACGGGCGUGGGAUGUGGAGUUGGUGUGGGAUGAUAGGAUGGGUUAG